UCGAGUACGGAGUUUGGUGUAUUUUUAUCGCAAGAUUAUUUUCUGCGGUUUUCUUCAAUAAAAUUAGUUUUCGAUUGCAUAUUUUGAAAUCACAUUUCAUCAUCAUGAAUGGCAUACGAUUGGUACGAAAACAAAUUGGACAGUGGCGAUCAUUUUCGCGAUGUGCUAUUUUACAACAAGAGGUUGUGCAGGUUGUAAAUCCGAUAACAAUUCCACCACCUGAAGGUGUCGACAAACCGGCUUCACCCAAGAUUGAAAAACUAGUCGCGGAAAUCACACAAUUAAACCUUCUAGAAGUAUCCGAGCUCAGUCAAGUUUUGAAGAAGAGGCUCAACCUUCCCGAUGCACCUGUUAUGCCAGUGGGAGGCUUCGCCAUGGCGGCGCCAGCUGCUCAAGAGGAGGAGGCAGCUCCAAAGGCAGUCAAAUCCAGUUUCACAGUAAAAAUGACCAAAUUUGAUGAGAAACAAAAGGUGGCCCUAAUCAAAGAAGUUAAGGGUCUACUUGAAGGUUUCAACUUGGUGCAAGCUAAGAAGUUUGUGGAAAGCGUACCUACUGUUGUAAAGGCUGACAUUUCCAAAGACGAAGCAGAAAAACUAAAGGAAGCGUUGACUAAAGUUGGAGCGGUCAUCGAAAUUGACUAGAUAUAGUUUAUAUUGUAUAGUUUAGUAAAAAUAUAUUUAGGAAAUAACUACAAAAUCAAAUU